CGUUGUUCCACAUACCAAUAUCACUACGUAUCGGUAUCGCAAAACAAAGUUUUAAAUGUUAAGAUUCUGUCAUUCUGAAAAUCUGAGUAUUUAAGACAUUAUGUUACAUAGCGAUUUGUGGAGAUAAAUGCCCUCGGACAGUAGCGUUCAUUUCAUAUUAAGUCUCUUUAAGUCAUUGUUUUAUGUUAUGCAGGAUGAAUGUGCGAAUUUUAAUUAAUCAUCCUUUAAGGGUUAUAUGCUUAUGGUGUUGUAUACUAUUCUCGGUGUACAAGUUAACUUAUAAAAGUCUGUUCCUCUAAUUAUAGAAUAUCCAUCCAUCCAUCCAUUUUCCAAACCGCUUAUCCUAUUGGGUCGCGGGGAGUCCGGAGCCUAUCCCGGAAGCAAUGGGCACGAGGCUGGGAACAACCCAGGAUGGGGGGCCAGCCCAUCGCAGGGCACACUCACACACCAUUCACUCUCACAUGCAUUCCUAUGGGCAAUUUAGCAAGUCCAAUUAGCCUCAGCAUGUUUUUGGACUGUGGGGGGAAACCGGAGUACCCGGAGGAAACCCCACGACGACAUGGGGAGAACAUGCAAACUCCACAUACAUGUGACCCAGGCGGAGAUUCGAACCUGGGUCCCAGAGGUGUGAGGCAACAGUGCUAACCACUGCACCACCAUGCCGCCCCCAUUAUAGAAUAUUAUAUAGAAUAAUUAUACAAGAGCUAUAAUUAUUAUGAUGUUAUUAUUUAAUUGUGUGGGCCGUGUUGCUUGAUUACAUUUGACUCUUCGGCACGUGGGACGCUGCCGGUUUGAAAGACGCGGCUUCACUUGUUUUCUGCACCAAGAUGACGAGAAACAAACGAAUUGCAAAAGCUGUCAGCUGGAGCAACGAUCGAUACUGGGCAACUUGGGACAAGUGGAUGGAAGUGAUUGACAGGGAAGAUGAGGAAGAGCUGUGCUCCCCAGCAGAAUCACCCUCUGACCAGGCUGACCGUUCCAUCGUGUCACACACCCGAAAGCCAAUUGCCAAGGCAGUUAGCUGGACGGAUGAUGUGUAUUGGGCAGCCUGGGACAAGUGGGAUGAGAUCAUCUGCUGGGGUGAAGAAGGAGAGUGCUCCCCAGCAACUCCACCCAUCAACCAGCCUGGGAGGGAUAAGGGGUUAGACAUGCAUGGGUUAGAGGUUUUUCUGUUAAAUGAAAGGACAGUCUACAUAAAGCCUGCAGAUGACCACCAAGACAGGCUGAAAAUAGGAGCCGUAGUGGUCGACCUCUGCCAGUUUGAGCUAGAUGGUGUAAAUGAUAAAUUUGAAAUUGUCGAAAUACAAAUUGGAGAGGUCAAAUUGGAGGAGACUGCAGAGAGGGGUUUUAAUUCAGAAUUUGAAUUGGAAAUUAUGGAUGUGGAGAUAGAGGUUGUAGACAGUGAAUUCCAGCUGAAUGCUCUUAAUUGGGAAAUUGCUGGAACUAAAGUGGACAAAUUAUUAGUGGAACACCUGAACAUAAAUAAUCUAGAAGCAGGCAGUGUGAAGGUGUCCACAUUAAAUGGGAAUGUGGUAUAUGUCAAUGGUAUGUGAGUGUGUUUGGUAAUGAUGGGUGUGAAUGGUGUGUGUAAGUGGUGUGUGUGUGUGUGUG